AUGAAACCUGUUGUCGGCUCUUUUAGCGCGUACUUUUGUACUGGUCUCUCCAUCUUUGGAGUCAUCAUUCUUUCUGUCAUUGGCAUUCUCUUUUACGUCGGCCAUGAGUCUAUGGUUGGCUCUAUCACUGACCCUUCAGACGGUAAGGCCGUCGCUUCAACCAUCUUUGGUGCCGUCAUUGUCUAUGCUCUUUUCGCUGUCUUUUGUGGUUGGCAAAUCCACGUCAUUAAGACCCAAGACCGAAUUAGAAUAUAA